AUGCAGCAGCCGCAGCUGCAGGCGCCGCCCUCGUGGGCGUCCGGGCCCGACCCCGCCCGCCCUGCUCCCACCACCUUCGACGAGGCGUCCAUGGAGCGGAGCAAGAGCUUUGUCAAGGCGCUCCAGGAGCUCAAGAACCUGCGCCCACAGCUUUACUCCGCCGCGGAGUACUGCGAGAAGUCGUACCUCCACAGCGAGCAGAAGCAUAUUGUGCUGGACAACUUGAAGGAUUAUGCUGUUAGGGCUCUGGUCAACGCGGUCGACCACCUUGGCACCGUUGCCUACAAAUUGACAGACCUGUAUGAACAACAGGUUUCAGAGGUCUCAACUGUCGAGCUGAAAGUAGCAUCCUUGAACCAGCAAGUCCUGACUUGCCAAACUUACACCGAUAAAGAAGGCCUUAGGCAGCAGCAGAUGAUCGGAAACGCCACAAGACACCACAAACAUUACAUCGUACCAACUGCGGGAAACAAAAGAACGCAGGCCUUUUCUGAGAUGCAAACAGACGCCGAGUUUGACUUAAAGCCUAAACCUUAUCCCUCAGAGAAGACUCUUUUCUGGCACUUGGCUUCAGAGAAGAACACCAAAACCAAUGGAGAACACCAAUCUGAAUUAGGCCACGGGGAAACGAAAACUACUAAGCCUACAUCCAGUGGUGGGUUCAACCUUACAGGUAAGGAAUUGUCCGUGUCUCCCUUGCCCAAGCGUCUGCAGUCAACUGUGAGCAGUUCGGACAUUGUUACGCGUAACAUUGGCAUGAAGGAUCAGCCUGGUGCAAGGCAUUUGGCAUCAUUCAGUUCUCUCGACAACCCAAGAGGGCGUCAAAUCCAAAAGGCUCCCGUCCGCACCAAAAGUAUGCUAGCUGCUUUCUUUGUCAGGCACAGGUCCGGAAAGAUGAAAAACGCCUCUGUUCGUUGA